AUGUCCGCUCCGGAGAAGCCGCUGGUGUCGGAGGAGGAGAUGGCGAACGCGCGGCUGAGCCUGGGCGCGCGCGAUCUGUGCGCGCAUCUGCUGAUUCCGCUGAACCGGUGCCGCACGGAAACGAUUCGCACGCGGGUAUUUGCUCCAGAUUUCAGCUACCCCCCCCCCCUUCCUUCCUCCUCCCCCCCCUCCAAGCAGGCGGUGAGUCGCGUGAUAGAGGGUGCGGGGUGCGUCUCCACGGCGGGCGAGGUGGUGAGCCGCGUGGUAGAGGGCGUGGGGUUCGGAUUCUACACGGCGGACGAGAUGCGCGCUAUCAGCGUGGUGAGCCGAGUGAUAGAGGGCGUGGGGUUCGGAUUCUACACGGCGGACGAGGUGCGCGCCAUUAGCGUCAGGCGCAUCACCAAUCCGCUGCUCUUCGAUGGGCUGCGCAGCCCUGCUGCUGGCGGCCUCUACGACCCUGCACUCGGCCCCGUUGAUAAAUCUGAUGUCUGCGUCACAUGCCAGCUGGGGUACUUCCAUUGCCCGGGGCACUUCGGCCAUCUGGAGCUGGCACUGCCCGUGUACCACCCGCUGCUCUUCUCCCUGCUCGUGAAGCUGCUGCGCUGUGUGUGCCUGCGCUGCCACCAUCUGAAGCUGCUCUCCGCCGUGCUGCUGCGCCGCGUGUGCCUGCGCUGCCAUCAUCUGAAGCUGCUCUCCGCUGUGGUAUGCAUUCCCCUUUGCAACCGCGGGCUUGUUAGGGUUAAGCUAGGCCCCAUGCCCGUGUACCACCUGCUGUGCUUUGGCCUUCUCGUGAAGCUGCUGCGCUGCGCUGCGUGUGCCUGCCACCACCUCAAGAUUCUUUCUGCCAUGUCGAAGCUGUAUGCGCUGCGGCUGGCGCUGAUUUCCCAGGGGCGGCUGAGGGAGGCGCAGGAGCUGGGACAGAAAAUGCCGCCCAAGGCCAAGCGUCGAGGCUGGGGCAAGGGGAAUGGGAAAGGAAAGGGAGAAGAGGGGAUGGGAGGAGGAAAAGGAGGAGCAAAGGCUGUAUAUGUGUCUGGGCCAGCAGGGGCAGUAGAUGAUGAUGAGGAUGAGGAGGAGGAAGAGGAGGAGGGGGAGGAUGGGGAGAAAGGAGCACAGGAGAUGGAUAUUGAUGGGUCUUGGAAAGCAGAGGCUGAGAAAGCUGCUGCUGCAGCGGAGGCUGCGGGGGGAGACGAGUGGGGGGAUGUGCUGGAGGGGGAAGGGGGAGGGGGAGGGGGAGAGGAGAGGUGGUCGUGGGCAGCAGAGGUGGCGGCGAGGGAGGUGGUGCGGGAGCUGUGGAGUGUGGUGCCGGCCUCCAAGUGCCAGAACUGCUUUGCCAACAACCCCAGCGUCAAGCGGGAGGGCCACAGCAAGAUUUUCAGAGUAUGUCUGGCUGUCUGUCUGGCAUCGGAGAAACCUCUGGCAUUGAAGCCACAGCACCAGAACGACCUGAACGGAUUCACCUUCCCAGACGUGCUGGCAGAGCUGGCAGAAGCCGCUGCUUCUGGCAACGACCCCGCCGACAUCAACAUCGGGCCGGACGGCGAACUCCGGAGCUACACCGUGGACGGCAACGGAAGCGGAGAGAAACGCAUGCUGCUGAGGGACGACGAUGACAGCGACGACGAUGAGAUGCUGGCUGCUGCAGCAGCAGCGAAGCGGAAGCGGGGGGCGGGAGGAAGAGGAGUGGGAGGAGAGGCGGGGACUAGGCGGCCGUUUCUGAUGAAUGUGGCUGAGGUGGAGGAGCAUCUGCGGCGCCUGUGGAUCCGUGAACCCGCCAUUUGCAAUGCACUCUUCGGCUCCCACUCCUCCACCCACUCCCACGCCCACUCCGCUGCUGGUCUCUCGCCGUACCAUCACAAGCGGUACUACUAUCAGCAGCAGCAGGGCGUGGGGCAGCAGCAUGGGGGCGGUGGUGGUGGUGGGGGCGGUGCUCCGACGUGGCCGUCUGCGUUCUUCCUGCGCUGCCUGCUCGUGCCGCCCAACAAGUUCCGCCCCCCCAACAUUAUGAACGAUAUGCUGCUGGAGCACGCGCAGAACGUCUUCCUCACGAAAAUCCUCGAGGCCAACCUCUUCAUCACCCAGAUCGGCCGAGAGGCCGCCGCCACUGCUGCCGCCGCUGCCGCCGGUAACGCUGCUACAAGUGCAGGCUCUGCCGGUGCUGGUACUGGUGCUGAGGGUGAGGGGGGCGGUCAGCAGCUGGCGAAGCUGGUGUAUACGGCGGGGGUGGAUGGCGGAGGGGGAGCGGCGGCGGAGGGGGCGGAGAUCGGCGCGACGGAAGUGAGGAAGGCUGCGAUCGCGUGGCUGCAGCUGCAGCACCACGUGAACUGCUUCCUGGAUAGCAGCCUGAGCUCGCAGAAGGACCCGGCAAACGGCAUACGGCAGCAGCUGGAGAGGAAGGAAGGAGGGGCUGUGCUGUCUGCUGCCAUUUACGCAGGUCCUUCCUCCCCUGUGCCCCUUCCAAACCCAUCCAACCCCAUUCAACUCCCGACCCCCCGUUUCCCCACCAACGCCUGUGCAGGCUCACAGAAGGACCCGGUGAACGGCAUACGGCAGCAGCUGGAGAGGAAGGAGGGGCUGUUUCGAAUGAACAUGAUGGGCAAGCGUGUCAAUUACGCCUGCCGCUCUGUCAUCUCGCCCGACCCUUACAUCCAGGUCUGUCUGUGGGGUGUGUUUGCUAUGUUUGGCAUGCUUGCCAUUUUUGGCAUGCCAGGCCACCCUCUGAAUGAACAUGAUGGGCGAGCGUGUCAACUACGCCUGCCGCUCUGUCAUUUCACCUGA